AUUGAUGAUUCACAACCAAUUAUCAAAGAUUUCUGCGAACAAUGCGGUGCGGUUAUCCGAGAUCCGGAAGAGCUUCAAUCCCAUGAAGAUGACUGUUUGUCGAAAUCUCGGUAUGAUCCACCGAAGAAAAAGAAGAAAAUUCAUAACGAUGGCCCGACUGUCAACGCAAAUAACGCUACGCCGGUCAAGGCAGCUGUUGAUGGCACCAGUAAUGUCGUCGCCCACGUCGCCCACAUGCGCAAAAUGUGGUGCAGUCUUUGCAGCAAAGGCUGGUGCACACCGCAAACUGUGCAUGGUAGCGAUGGAGGUUGAUGACGCGACUGUCAAUUACAAUGAGAAGGCCAAAUCGACGAAUGGCAAUGAGCAACCGCCGGAACAAUCAAUUGUUUAUCCGGAGUGCAUGUACUGUGGCAUCCAGUUUAUGGACAAAACCAAAUUGCGUGCACACCGUAAAUUGUGCAAAAUUGCAAUGGCUGUAUCAGUCGAAGGACCGACUGUCAACGCAAAUGAUGCUGGGGCUCAAUCGACGAAUGGCAAUGAGCAACCGCCGGAACAAUCAAUUGUUUAUCCGGAGUGCAUGUACUGUGGCAUCCAGUUUAUGGACAAAACCAAAUUGCGUGCACACCGUAAAUUGUGCAAAAUUGCAAUGGCUGUAUCAGUCGAUGGACCGACUGUCAACGCAAAUGAUGCUGGGGCUCAAUCGACGAAUGGCAAUGAGCAACCGCCGGAACAAUCGAUUAUUUAGCCGGAGUGCAUGUACUGUGGCAUCCAGUUUAUGGACAAAACCAAAUUGCGUGCAAACCGCUUGGCAAACCGUAAAUUGUGCAAAAUUGCAAUGGCUGUAUCAGUCGAUGGACCGACUGUCAACGCAAAUGAUGCUGUGGCUCAAUCGACGAAUGGCAACGCAAAUAACGAUACGCCGGUCAAGGCAGCUGUUGAUGGUGCACCAGUAAUGUCGUCACCCACAUGCGCAAAAUGUGGUGCAGUCUUUGCAGCAAAGGCUGAUUUGCGUGCACACCGCAAACUGUGCAUGGUAGCGAUGGAGGUUGAUGACGCGACUGUCAAUUACAAUGAGAAGGCCAAAUCGACGAAUGGCAAUGAGCAACCGCCGGAACAAUCAAUUGUUUAUCCGGAGUGCAUGUACUGUGGCAUCCAGUUUAUGGACAAAACCAAAUUGCGUGCACACCGUAAAUUGUGCAAAAUUGCAAUGGCUGUAUCAGUCGAUGGACCGACUGUCAACGCAAAUGAUGCUGGGGCUCAAUUGACGAAUGGCAAUGAGCAACCACCAAUCCAUCAUAAUGCUCAUGAUUCAGCAGCGAAUUCGACAUACAAC